GGGCAGGAGCAGGAUGUGAGCAGAAUCAUCCAAGCCCUAAAUGAGUGCCUUGCUGCCCUUCCUCGGCAGCUGCUCCAGGACGUCUGUGGCAUUGGAGUGUCAGGACAAAUGCAUGGAAUCAUGUUUUGGAAAACAGGCCAAGGCUGUGAAUGGACAGAGGGAGGGCCCUCUCCUGUGUUUGAGCCCGGAGCCGUGAGCCACCUGGUCACAUGGCAGGAUGGCCGGUGUAGCAGUGGGUUCCUGACUUCUUUGCCCCAGCCAGAGUCCCAUCUCAGUGUGGCCUCAGGGUUUGGCUGUGCAACCAUCUUCUGGCUUUUGAAGAAUAGCCCAGAGUUCCUGAAGUCCUACGAUGCUGCUGGCACCAUCCAUGACUAUGUGGUUGCCAUGCUGUGUGGCUUGCCAAGAUCACUGAUGUGCGACCAGAAUGCUGCUAGCUGGGGAUAUUUCAACACUCAGAGCCAAAGCUGGAACUUGGAAAUAUUGAGGGCCUCAGGCUUUCCCGUGCACCUGCUCCCAGACAUCGCCGAGGCCGGCAGCGUGGCGGGCAGAACUUCCCGUGCCUGGUUUGAAAUCCCACAGGGGACACGGGUGGGCGUGGCCUUGGGUGAUUUACAGGCCUCCGUCUAUUCCUGUAUGGCCAAAAGGACAGAUGCAGUUCUCAACAUCAGCACUUCAGUUCAGUUGGCAACCUCCAUGCCUUCAGGAUUCCAGCCGGCGCAGACUCCAGACCCUGCGGCUCCAGUCACCUACUUCCCGUACUUUGACAGGACCUACCUGGUGGUGGCAGCGUCACUCAAUGGGGGCAACGUGCUGGCCACAUUUGUCCACACGCUGGUCCAGUGGAUGGCGGAUCUAGGUCUAGAGGUCGAAGAAUCCACUGUGUAUUCAUGUAUGAUCCAGGCAGCUGCACAGCAAAGAGACACCUGCCUAACUAUCACUCCAACGGUGUUCGGCGAGAGGCACCUGCCGGACCAGCUGGCCUCAGUGACCAGAAUCUCCUCCUCUGAUCUCUCCCUGGGGCACGUGACCCGGGCCCUGUGCCGAGGCAUUGUUCAAAACUUGCACUCCAUGCUUCCAUUUCAACAGCUCAAGGAGUGGGGUGUGGAGCGGGUGAUUGGCAGUGGGAGUGCACUGUCCAGGAAUGAGGUGCUGAAGCAGGAGGUGCAGAGGGCUUUUCCCUUCCCAGUGUCCUUUGGGCAGGAUGUGGACGCAGCUGUGGGGGCAGCUGUGGUCAUGCUCCAGAGAAAUCUUAACCAGAGGGAGUCUUAGUCAGUGCAUCCUUUGGCCAAAAGACUGUUGCAAAUUUUAUCUAAGUAACAUUCCUGACAUGACCUUGUGGUCAUCCUUUUCCUGGACAGUUUUCUGGGCAGCUUUUAAGCAAAGCUUGUUUUCAGGGCACCAUCUUGACCAAGAACCUACCUUCAUCCUCUAAUAAUGCAGCCAGGACUCAUCAACUAGAUCCCAAAUCAGUGCUUUCCAAGAGACUCACUUGGGAAUUGGUCGCAAAUGUAAAUAUGGAAAAAAGAGAGAGGGACAAAGAAAGAAAAGGAACAGUAGCCCAGCAUCAUGGUCAGCAGGCUCUUCUGUGAUUCACCUGUAGACAAAGAGAAAAUAAAUGUGACUUCAGACACCAAAAAGUCUCCAAGUAAGAAAAGAAGGCCCACCCACCCCCCACCCCCUGCCGCUCCAGCUUUUGGGAUGAUUGUAUUUUGGGACAUAAAGCCCAGACUUCGGUCACAUGCGCUGUUGG